AUGAGGCUACCUGCGCUGUUCCUCCUGGCGGCUGGCUCCGCUUGGGGCGGCUCCAUGGCCAACUGGAACAUCACGCUCGACGUUGCCUUCCCCGGCAACAACACCUACAAGAACGAGACCGACUUCCCCGUCGUCUUCGCCCUGCACAAUGCCGCCGUCGCCUUCCAGUACGGCUUCACCAUCAACUGGGAGAUAGCCCCCGCCGUCAACGGCAAGCCCUCCAAGGCCCUCGCCCAGGGCUCCAUCAGGGAGGAUGCGUCCACCCACAAGCCCAUCAACGCCACCAACAACAUCUGGUACCCCGCCGACAGCGCCGGCAACAAGACCAGCCUGCCCAACGGCCCCUACCUCUUCAGCUGGCACUGGAGCAUGCGGUCGUGCCGCGAGCAGGACGUCCAGAUCACCAUCGACCCCGCAGCCAGCAUCGCCAACGGCACCAUCGGCUUCACCCUCGCCGACGACGGGCCGGACCUCGACCUCACCAAGGACUGCCCCACGGCCCAGUCCCAGGUCACCAUCGAGGCCGCCGAGCCCAGCAACGACAUCAUGGCCUCGUGCCCCUACAUCAAGAUCACCAACUCGUCCCUGCCCGACCCCUGCCGGGCCAAGCUGUCCGCCAGCUCCUGGGCCUGCGUAAAGGCCAACAUCACGGGGACGGGCGACACGGCGGGGUGCCCGUCGCUCAAGGAGAUCAACAGCACGACCGAAGACACCGAGACGAGCACCACGAGCUCGGCCUCGCCGUCGUCGACGUCGAGUUCAAGUAGCGACACGGGCGGCGUGGCCGCCGUCGUCCCGCCCUCGGCCGCGGGUACCUGGGCUGUGUUAUUAUCAGUCGCGGGCGCAUUGCUAAUAUUGUAG